AGUAUCAUCGAUUUAAAAAAAAGACAAUUUAAAUUUACUUGGGAAAACAAAUCUUAUAUUUUAUCUAUUACAUGUUGGAAAAAGCCACAAUAUAAUAAUGGUGAGCCUAUUCCUUUAAAAAUUCCCUCUGAGUCUAAUAACUCAAAUAAUCAAACUUUAGUUGUUGAAACUUAUGAAUAUAGUGAAGAUGAAUAUGAAUCAUCUGAUAAUGAACUAGAGGAAUCCAAAGGAUUUUUAGUUAUAGGAAAUUCUGAUGAAAAACCUAUACUUAAAAUUAAUAAUACCCAAGUUAAAUACCAAAAUGAAUCUUUUGAUAACUAUAACUUUCAUUCUGAGCAAGCUAGUAAUCCUCGAACUAUUAAAUAUUAUUGUGCUCAGCUACAAAAAACAUGUCCAAAAUGUAUACAAGUAAGAAAAGCAAUAAGUUGUUUUACCACCAAGGAGGACUUUGAGGAAACAAAUUUGUCUUCUGAAAAUAAUUUACAAUUACAACAAUUUUUAACUGAAA